AUGCCCAACUUUAAAAUAUCACAUACAUUUCUUCUUCCACCCAUUUCUUCUUCCACCCAUUUCUUUUUCCACCCAUUUCUUCUUCCGCUCAUUUCUUUUUCCACCCAUUUCUUCUUCCGCUCAUUUCUUCUUCCAACCAUUUUUUCUUCUGCUCAUUUCUUCUUCCGCUCAUUUCUUCUUCCGCUCAUUUCUUUAUCCGCUCAUUUCUUCUUCCGCUCAUUUUUUUCUUCCACCCAUUUCUUCUUCCGCUCAUUUUUUUCUUCCGCUCAUUUCUUCUUCCAACCAUUUUUUGUUCCGCUCAUUUCUUCUUCCGCUCAUUUCCUCUUCUGCUCAUUUCUUUAUCCGCUCAUUUCUUCUUCCGCUCAUUUCCUCUUCUGCUCAUUUCUUUAUCCGCUCAUUUCUUCUUCAGCUCUUUUUUUUUCUUCCACCCAUUUCUUCUUCCGCUCAUUUCUUCUUCCAACCAUUUCUUCGUCCGCUCAUUUCCUCUUCUGCUCAUUUAUUCUUCCACCCAUUUCUCCCGCCCAUUUCUUCUUCUGCUCAUUUCUUCUUCCGCUCAUUUCCUCUUCUGCUCAUUUAUUCUUCCACCCAUUUCUUCUUCCGCUCAUUUUUUUUCUUCAACCCAUUUCUUCUUCCUCACAUUUCUUCUUUCACCCAUAUCUUCUUCCGCUCAUUUCUUCUUCUGCUCAUUUCUUCUUCCGCUCAUUUCCUCUUCUGCUCAUUUCUUUAUCCGCUCAUUUCUUCUUCCGCUCUUUUUUUUUCUUCCACCCAUUUCUUCUUCCGCACAUUUCUUCUUUCACCCAUAUCUUCUUCCGCUCAUUUCUUCUGCUCAUUUCUUCUUCCGCUCAUUUCCUCUUCUACUCAUUGCUUUUUCCGCUCAUUUCUUCUUCCGCUCAUUUUUUUCUUCCACCCAUUUCUUCUUCCGCUCAUUUCUUCUUCCAACCAUUUCUUCGUCCGCUCAUUUCCUCUUCUGCUCAUUUAUUCUUCCACCCAUUUCUCCCGCCCAUUUCUUCUUCUGCUCAUUUCUUCUUCCGCUCAUUUCCUCUUCUGCUCAUUUCUUUAUCCGCUCAUUUCUUCUUCCGCUCAUUUUUUUUCUUCAACCCAUUUCUUCUUCCUCACAUUUCUUCUUUCACCCAUAUCUUCUUCAGCUCAUUUCUUCUUCUGCUCAUUUCUUCUUCCGCUCAUUUCUUCUUCCGCUCAUUUCUUCAUCCGCUCAUUUCCUCUUCUGCUCAUUUAUUCUUCCACCCAUUUCUCCCGCUCAUUUCUUCUUCCGCUCAUUUCUUCUUCCGCUCAUUUUUUUUUCUUCCAACCAUUUCUUCAUCCGCUCAUUUCUUCUUCCGCUCAUUUCUUCUUCCACCCAUUUCUUCUUCCACCGAAAUGAUUUCUUUCGUUUGCAGCUCACAAAUUGUCUUGAUUCAACCGUACUUAUUAAAUAAUCAUCAUUUUUAUUCUGUUCAUCUAUGCGUGUGA